CUCUCUCUCUCUCUCUCUUGCUUGUUUCUUGGAUAAAAAAAAAUUGGAUCUUUAUGUAGAAUAGCUGUUUCCAAUCUCAGUCAAAGUCUUGAAAGUUGAAGUUUUUUUUCUUCCUCCUGUCUGUUAAUAGCGCGUUUGAAUUGGAAGAGAAAGGAAAAAAGACCAAGCUUUGGAAAAGAUGGUGGUGUUCAGCUUGGAGAGCGUGAUAGAGUCCUUUGAAGCUUCAACCAGGGAUGCUGGCAGGGUGCAGAUAGAGACUCUGAGGAGGAUCCUGGAAGAGAACUCUGAUGCUGAGUAUUUGCAAAGUUUGGGUCUUAAUGGAAGGACUGAUCCAGACAGCUUCAAGGCUUGUGUGCCCCUUGUCACUCAUCCUGAUUUGGAGCCUUAUAUUCGGAGGAUUGCUGAUGGAGAUACUUCUCCUGUGCUCACUGGAAAGCCCAUCUCUUCCAUAUCCUUAAGCUCUGGAACUACCCAAGGGAGGCCAAAGCUUGUGCCUUUCAAUGAAGAAUUGGUGAAAUCCACCAUGCAGAUAUAUCAGACUUCUUAUGCUUUCAGAAACAGGGAAUUCCCAAUAGCGAAUGGAAAAGCACUUCAAUUCAUUUACAGCAGCAAACGGAUCAUGACAAGAGGGGGUCUUACUGCAACAACAGCCACAACAAACGUGUACAGAAGUGAACAAUUUAAACGCACAAUGAUGAAUCUCCAGUCCCAGUGUUGCAGCCCAGAUGAAGUGAUAUUUGGUUCGGACUUUCACCAGUCCCUGUACUGCCAUCUUCUCUGUGGGCUUAUCUAUUCUAAUGAAGUGCAGCUUGUAUCAUCCACAUUUGCACAUAGCAUCGUCCAUGCUUUCCGAACAUUUGAGGAUGUUUGGAAAGAACUUUGUGCUGACAUUAGAGAAGGAGUUCUAUCUAGUAGAAUUACCAUUCCUUCAAUGCGAGACGCUGUUUCUGAACUUUUGAAGCCUGAUCCAGAGUUAGCAGAUUCUAUAUAUACAAAAUGCACAGGUUUAAGCAACUGGUAUGGUGUGAUCCCCGAGCUUUGGCCUAAUGCAAAAUAUGUUUAUGGAAUCAUGACUGGUUCAAUGGAGCCAUAUUUGAAGAAGUUAAGGCAUUAUGCCGGAAAUUUACCACUAAUGAGUGCUGAUUACGGAUCUUCUGAAGGUUGGAUUGGAGCUAAUGUGAACCCAACAUUGCCUCCUGAAUUGGCAACCUUUGCUGUGCUUCCUGAUAUUGGUUACUUCGAAUUUAUUCCUCUUGAGGAGAACGCUGAGCAGAAAUUAGAGCAACGACCUUCAACCACUUCUUAUGCAGAGUUAGAACCGGUUGGUCUUGCUGAAGUUGAGGUCGGGAAAGAAUAUGAGAUUGUUGUUACUAGUUUUGCAGGCUUGUAUCGAUAUAGGCUCGGUGAUGUAGUGAAAGUAGCUGGCUUUUACAACUCCACACCAGAACUCAAGUUUGUUUGCAGGAGAAGCCUUCUAUUAACAAUCAACAUUGACAAGAACACAGAAAAAGACCUCCAAUUGGCAGUUGAAGAAGCUGCCAAACUCUUGGCGGCCGAAAAGCUCGAAGUUGUGGACUUCUCUAGCCACGUAGAUGUUUCAACUGAACCUGGUCACUAUGUGAUCUUCUGGGAACUCAACGGCGAUGCCUGUGAGGAUGUACUAAGCAAUUGUUGUGAUUGUUUAGACCGGGCAUUUGUCGAUGCAGGCUACAUUUCAUCAAGGAAAGUCCGUUCCAUAGGACCACUAGAACUCCGAAUUGUCCAGAGGGGCACCUUUCAGAAGAUCCUUGACCAUUUUCUUAGCCUUGGCGCGGCCGUAAGCCAGUUCAAGACGCCACGAUGCGUAGGCUUAUCGAACAGCAAAGUCUUGCAGAUACUUAAUAGUAAUGUUAUGGAUAGCUAUUUUAGCGCAGCAUAUGACUAAAACUUAGUAAUGUUCUUGCUUGUUUAUCAGUAUGCUAUUUCAAAUGGAGUAUGUAAAAUCUCUUUCUCUAUAUGUAACUUUUCUGUUCUGUUUUCUUUUGUUGCAAUAAGAAGCCUAGGCAGUUUUAAUUAUGUAAAAACUGGAUGUUAAUGUAUGAUUUGUUCAUGCUAGUGUGAACAAGACUUUUA